AGAGUGAGAGAGAGAAGAGGAUAGGGGGAGCGAGAGAGAGAGAGGGGAAGAGAGAGAAAGUGAGCUCGCGAAAAUUGAAUCCAUGUAGAAUCUGUGUGUAGGUGCAUUUGCCGGGGGAGAACACGCCAAAAGGGAUAUAGCCCGAGGAAGAUGAUGUGAAGAGAAAAUAGGGGCCGAGAGGAGAGAGAGAAAGAGAGAGAGAGAGAAAGAGGGAGAGAGGGGGGACAGGCGCGUGAAAACCCGCAGUGUUCACUAGAUUGCACCUCCUGUUGCUCCGCUUCUCCUGCUCUCUUUUCUGUUGCCAUGGUCACAGUACCUGCCUUCCCUCUCCUGUUGGCCCUGGUGGAAUGGGUGGGGCCGGUCACCACCUCCCCUCACCUCUUGCUCCGCCCCCGAGAACGUGAGCGAGACCAGGUGGCGCCGAUGCACUUUAACAUCGCGGUGAUCCAUGCGGGCUCUGUGGCUCAGGACGAGGCGGGAGUGGCAGCGGCCGGAGGCAGGGUCCUGUAUCCAGGCUUUGGCCGAGUGCACAGCAGCUUCGGGGAGAGCGUUGUCACCAAGUGGGGUUAUGUUAACGUCAUCUGGCUUCAGGUGAAUGACAGCAGUCCCAGGAGCCUGCUCUCUCAACUGUGUGACCUGUUGGCAUCUAGACCUGUGCAGGGGCUGGUGUAUGAGGAUGAGAGACCUAUCCCGCUGGCUUCAGGCCCGCUGGCCCCCAUGCUGGAAUUUGUCUCGGCCCAGACGGGCCUUCCUAUUGUAUCUGUGGGAGGGGGAGCAGGACUGGGCAGAGUGCCACAGGAGAGCGGCUCCAUCUUCCUGCAGUUUAGCACCUCCACUGCGCUCCAACUGGAAGUGAUCUUCGAGGUGCUCGAGGAGUAUGAUUGGACGGCCUUUUCUGUGGUGUCGACACGUCACCAUGGCUACCAGGACUUUCUGUCUAUGAUUGAGGGAUUGACAGAUGGCUCCUUUAUUGGCUGGGAGAAGAAAAGCGUGGUGAUGCUGAAUUUAACCGAUGACCCAGGCGGAUCUCGCACGCGCAGAUUGCUGAAGGAAAACGAGGCACAGGUCCGUCUGCUGUACUGCUCCCAGGAGGAAGCUGAGCAGGUGUUUCAUGCAGCGUGGGCGGCUGGGCAGGCUGGAGCAUCUCAUAUGUGGUUCGCUGUGGGCCCGGCGUUGUCUGAGCUGGGUGUGAAUGGCCUGCCCAGCCGUCUUUUUGCUGUGAGGCCUCAGGGUUGGAGAGAUGAAGCACGCAAACGGAUCGCCCGGGGCGUUUCUGUCCUCAUUCAUGGAGCCAUGGCCCUGCGCCAGGACUACGGCGCUACCAGUGGGCCUCACUUUGUCACAAACUGCCAGACAGAUGGCAACAGGACACAGAGGAUUCGUGGGAGAAUUAAAUAUUUCAGUAACAUCACCAUGAGUGGGAAGGAUUACUCUUUCAGUAAUGAAGGCUACCUGGCGAACCCCUUUCUGGAUGUCAUCUCCUACACACCUGGGAGUGGCUGGGAAGACGUAGGUUGGUGGGAGAACGGCGUGCUGCGUUUGCGAUACCCGGCCUGGUCUCGGUAUGGCCCCUUCCUACAGCCUCCUGAUGAUGCACAGCACCUGAGGGUUGUGACCCUGGAGGAGAGGCCAUUUGUCAUUGUCGAGCUGGCUGACCCCGCUUCAGGAACCUGCAUCAGGGAUUCUGUGCCCUGCCGACGACCUCUCAAUGCCACGGCUCAUCAGGAAGGGGUGGCUCCUGUGAAACAGUGUUGCAAGGGCUUCUGCAUCGACAUCCUAAAGCGUCUGGCCAAGAUUGUUGGCUUCACUUAUGACCUCUAUCUGGUCACCAAUGGAAAGCACGGGAAGAAGAUUGACGGCGUGUGGAACGGCAUGGUGGGGGAGGUGGUGGAUAAGCGUGCAGAUAUGGCUAUCGGCUCCCUCACCAUCAACGAGGAGAGGUCAGAGGUCAUUGACUUCUCAGUGCCCUUUGUAGAGACAGGAAUAAGCGUCAUGGUCUCCCGUAGUAAUGGUACAGUGUCACCCUCCGCCUUCCUCGAGCCAUACAGUCCUGCAGUUUGGGUGAUGAUGUUUGUUAUGUGCCUGACCGUCGUAGCAGUGACUGUUUUUAUCUUUGAAUUCUUCAGUCCAGUUGGAUAUAACCGCAGUCUGCAGAACGGCAAGAAAGCAGGAGGUUCUAAGUUCACCAUAGGGAAGUCUAUAUGGCUUCUAUGGGCUUUGGUCUUCAAUAACUCUGUGCCUGUGGAGAACCCCAAAGGUACCACCAGUAAGAUAAUGGUGCUCGUGUGGGCUUUCUUCGCUGUAAUCUUUCUUGCCAGCUAUACAGCCAACCUGGCGGCCUUCAUGAUCCAAGAGGAAUACAUUGACACUGUGUCUGGCCUCAGUGACAGGAAGUUUCAGCACCCUACUGAACAAUACCCACCCUUGAAGUUUGGAACAGUCCCGAACGGCAGCACAGAGAAAAACAUCCGCAGUAAUUACCCGGACAUGCAUCACUACAUGAUCAAAUACAACCAGAAAGGAGUGGAAGAAGCCAUCACCAAUCUGAAGACAGGUAAGCUGGAUGCAUUUAUCUAUGAUGCUGCAGUGCUAAACUACAUGGCUCGUAAGGACGAGGGCUGUAAAGUGAUGACUAUAGGCUCUGGAAAAGUGUUUGCCACCACGGGCUAUGGCAUUGCUCUCAUUAAGAACUCCCGCUGGAAACGACCGCUAGACCUGGCACUGCUGCAGCUGGUGGGCGACGAUGAAAUUGAGAUGCUGGAGCGUCUCUGGCUUUCAGGGAUAUGCCACAAUGAUAAGAUUGAAGUGAUGAGCUCCAAGCUGGACAUUGACAAUAUGGCUGGAGUCUUUUACAUGUUGCUUGUAGCGAUGGGCCUGAGCCUACUGGUGUUUGCCUGGGAGCACCUUGUCUAUUGGAGGCUUCGCCACUGUAUGAGUCGGAUGGGCCAAGCUGGCAAGCUGGACUUUCUACUUGCCUUCAGCAGGGGAAUGUAUAGCUGUUGCAGUUUUGAAGAUGAAACUGCCCCAGGUGGACCUAAAGUCACCAUUCCCUCCCACCAUCAUCCUUCUGUGGUGUCAGCCCCCCCUUCAUCCCAUGUUGUCACUACUGGUGUCACCAAUCAAGCCAUUGCCAUGGUGCCCCAGCAACAGCAGCAACAGCAGCAUCCACCUCAGCCUCCACAGUCCUACAAAACCUCUCUUCCUGGGUCCCCUCCUGCUGUGGUACAUUCUGGGGGAUCUUUGGUCCCCUCUACAACACCAAUUCUGGGUGCCCCUCUCCCAUGCUCCACAUUUCUACCCCGCCCUGACCGGAGACUGGCUGUAGUGGAUCGCUGGAGGCUGCCAAAAUCUGCUGGUGCCACCACACCUAUGAAUCUCAGAGGGGGCCUAUCUGACAUUGGGACCUUUCCACAAAAGAUGGUUCCCACAUGGGCAGGGAGUGGUCCUGCUGGAAGCACUUUGGAUGGCUAUAAGCGCUACUAUGGGCCCAUUGACCCUGAAGGCUUGGGGCCAUGUAUGGAGCAACAGGCAGGCACUCAGACUCCAAAAUCCGCUCCCAGGAACCAUCAGCAACCCCCACCAGCUAGCUUGGCUUUCUACCAGGAAAAGGGCAUGGACCAUGGGGUGGGGAAGAAGGUGGGAGUGUGUACUGGUGGAGGGGGUCAGGGGAAGGGGGUGAAGUCUUUGGGCACUCCUAGACUGCCACCCAAAAAUCAGACUUCAGCCCCACUGCCACCUAACCCCCCACUGCAGCACCUCUCUCCUCCUCUUCCCUCAUCCCUUUGGAGGAAGCGGAGAGCCAAAAAAUCAAAAGAAUCCAGUGGCCCACUGUAUGAGAACAUUCUUCCCCUAGGUCGGAGAGGAGGUGGAAGGGACAUGGGUCGUAGGCCCAGACCAUCUCCCCCUCUUCCUAUUCUAGUACCUGUACCACUUUCCCCAACUUACACGCCACCAUCACCCUCCCUUUCUCUCCCAUACACCUCCACUUCAUCCUCCACCUCCACCACUAGUUCCUCUACCACAUCCUCUGCCUCUUCGUCUCGAUCCACCUCACCUUCUACCACCUCCAGCACUACCUCACGCAGCACUAGGGAUAGGGAAGAAGAGGAAGAGGAAGAUUUGGAUGAACUGACAGAGGAGUCCAGUCUUCUUCAGGGACACAAUCGGCACAACAACAGAGAGCGCUCUAUCCUUUCUCCCAGAUCUAUUACACAUGGUCCACCUCCACCCCCUAUCCCUCCACGCAAGCCCCGUGGCUCAUUUGGAGAACGUGAACGAGAAAGGGAGGGUGGUAGAUUGAGAGAGCGAGGUGGCAGCCAACUUGCUCAACUCCAGGAGUGGUGGGCAGGAUGGGGAGAGAGAGAGAGAGAGCGAAAUGGGGGAGGAUCUGGUGACACUGAACGGAAAAGGGAGAAACGGCACAGGAAAGAGAGAGAGAAAGAGAAGAAGAAAAAGAAAAAAAACAAGAAGAGAAAAAAGAGAGAGGAACGUGAAAGGGAGAGAGAGCGUAAGCGCCGGAAGGUGAAGAAAAAAAAGAAAAGAGUGAUGAAGGAAAAAGAAGAAGAAGCCAUCAACUGGCAAGCAUUCAGAACCAGAUGAAGGUGAUGUUGAGGUAGAGA